UUUCAGAGAUCAAAAAUAUAAUUUCUGCAUAUUUGUUAAAAGUUGAGUCCUAGAAAAGAAAAAUAUGUCUUCAAUCGAUGAACUUGCUUGUACUUACGCUUGUUUAAUCCUUCACGAUGAUGAUAUUCCUAUCAAUGCGGAGAGAAUUGGUACACUUAUUAAAGCAUCAAAUUUAAAGGUGGAAUCGUACUGGCCAAGUCUUUUCGCAAAACUUUGUCAGAAGAGAAACAUCGAUGAACUGAUUAUGAACGUCGGAACUCCAACUUGUAACAAUGAUGUUGCCACUCCUCCUUCAACAACUACUGAUAACGAUGCUUCCACUGCACCUUCCGUCGAUGACAAGAAGAAGGCGGAAGCAAAAGAAGAGAGUGAUGAUGAAGCCAUGUUUAGCUUGUUUGAUUAGGAUCAGCGAUUUAAAAGUUUUUGGCUGAGCUUUUUAUUUUAUAUUUUAUAGAAUUACUGUAGAAUUUAAGUAUUUUGAAUUAUGUUACCUUGUUAUAUCGAAGUACUUAUUUAGUUUUGUUUUA